ACUGGAGCCACGAGUUACCCUAGAAAGAUACUGGACUACAUGGAAGGCUUCCUAGUCUCCAAGACCCUGUUCACAGCGUGUGAGCUGGGGGUGUUUGACCUGCUGCUGGGGUCCCAGAGCCCCCUGUCUGCAGAGGAGGUAUCGCAGGCCAUAGGAGCCAGUCUGGACGGGACACAGAGGCUCCUGGACGCCUGCACCGGCCUUGAGCUGCUGACAGCUCAGCAGCAGGAGCAGGGAAGAGUGUACUAUAACACAGUGGACGCAAGCCGCUACCUGACCCAGUCCAGCCCGGUGACCCUGUACCACUCCAUCCAGUACAGCUCCAGAACCAUCUACCAGUGCUGGUCCCACCUAACCGACGCCGUCAGAGAGGGGAGGAACCAAUAUGAGAAGGCUUUUGGCGUCAACUCCGAAGACCUGUUUGAAGCGCUCUACCGAUCUGACGAGGAGAUGGUCAAGUUCAUGCAUCUAAUGAACUCCAUCUGGAACAUCUGUGGGAGAGAUGUGGUUACAGCCUUUGACCUUUCACCUUUCAGGAGUGUAUACGACCUUGGAGGCUGCAGCGGGGCAUUUGCUAAGCACUUCACGUCAGCUUACCCAGAGAGCACCGUGACUAUCUUUGACCUUCCAAAAGUGGUGCAAGUUUCCCGGCAACACUUUGUCACAGACGGCAACCAGAGGAUAGGGUUCCAUGAGGGAGACUUCUUCACAGACCCCCUGCCAGAAGGUGACCUCUACAUCAUGUCCAGGAUCCUCCACGACUGGACUGAUCAACGCUGCAUUGAGCUGCUGACGAAGGUCCACCAAGCCUGCAAGCCAGGGGGCGGCGUGCUGCUGGUGGAGGCCCUGCUGCUGGAGGACGGCUCGGGGCCCCUCACGGCCCAGCUCUACUCCCUCAACAUGCUGGUGCAGACGGAGGGACGGGAGCGCACGGCCGCCCAGUACCGGGCGCUCCUGGACGCGGCCGGGUUCACCCAGGUCCAAGUGCGCUACACGGGCAAGAUCUACGACGUGGUGCUGGGAUACCGGCAGGGCUGACGACCGCUGCCGUACGGCUGA